GGCAAACAUGCAGUCAGGCUUGAUUUAGGACAGGCCACCGGAAGGCCCUACAUCUCCCCGGCACGCCCCCCUUCAGAGAACAGCCAAUAGGAGACACUGCUGUGGAUGAUGGGCAGGAAGCUGGACCUCUCGGGGCUGACGCAUAAGGAGGCAGAGCACGUGCUGCAGGUGGUGAAGAGGGACAUGAUGCUGCGCAAGAAGGAGGAAAAGCGCCUCAGAGAGCUGAGGCGGGAGCUGGCUGAGGAGGGCAGCCGCUGCCUCCUGCUGUCCAGGCAGGAGCAGUUUAACCAGCGCUGCUGCAUGCGCUGCUGCAGCCCCUUCACCUUCCUGCUGAACCGCAAGCGGCUGUGCGACGACUGCGGCUACAACGUGUGCCGGAGCUGCGGCAGCUACAGCGCCGAGGAGCGUGCCUGGAUCUGCACCGCCUGCCACAAGGCCAGGGCUCUCAGGACGCAGUCUCUGGAGUGGUACUACAGUAGCGUCAAGAGUCGAUUCAAAAGGUUUGGAAGCGCCAAGGUACUGAAGACUCUGUACAGGAAGCACGUGGUGGACCGCGGGGUUCUGUCGGAACUCUUAGACGGCAGCAUCCGUGCCAGCAGCUUCGAUGAUGCCAGCACCUGUGCCAGCGACUCCACUUCCUGUCGGCACAGCAGAGGUGGGUGA